UGAUAUUGAUAAAGAUAAAAUAUGGGUGGUACUUAAAAAAAUCUGAAAACAGGCACACGGAUAGCAUCGCUAGUGUCAGAGUGUGUAUGGUAAUUGGUUAGAAACAGCCUGAGAGGCCUUUGAGGGACGACUUUGCGCUUUGCGGUUUCUUUUGUCUGCACUAAAGUACACGUACACAACACCAAAAAAAAAAAGGAUUCACCAAAGACUGAGAGAUUUGGAUCUCAACGGCUGGUGUUGUAUUCUUCGUCCAAUCGGAAAAUCGAUACCCUCUGAUCUUACCUAGCAUUGCCCUCCUUCUCCGAUCCCCGUUUCUUUAAACAAAUUCUCAGAUCUUGUUCUCCAAAAUCAAUGGCUCUGAAUUCUUUUCCCCAUAAUUUUGCAUAAUUCAGAACUUGACUGACAUACAAACAGCUGUUAUGCAAGCAGAAGAGAUUAAAAAAGACAUGGAUAUCAGUAGUUGGCCUUCAGAUUUGGCUUAUGAGCAGUGGGUAGCACUCCCAGUUUCUGGUGCACGGCCCUCUGCUCGGUACAAGCAUGCUGCAGCAGUGGUUGAUGAGAAGUUAUAUAUCACUGGAGGCAGUCGUAAUGGUCGAUACCUGUCUGACAUUCAGGUAUUUGAUCUUAGAAGUUUGACAUGGUCUAGUCUGAAACUGAAGAUUGAACCUAAUGCUGAUAAAUCAGAGGACACUAGCUUAUGGGAAGUUCUUCCAGGCACUUCAGAUCACAGUGUGAUUAAGUGGGAAAAUAAACUUCUUCUUCUUGGUGGACAUUCGAAGAAAUCUUCUGAAGCCAUGAUAGUACAUUUCAUGAAUCUAGAGACACGUGUUUGUGGAGUCUUGGAGACCUCAGGAAAAAUUCCGGUAGCACGUGGGGGUCAUUCUGUGACACUGGUAGGUUCUAAAUUGCUAGUGUUUGGUGGAGAAGACAGGAGCAGGAAAUUGCUGAAUGAUGUACAUGUUCUCGAUCUAGAGACAAUGACUUGGAGUAUGGUGGAGGCAAUGCAGACACCCCCAGCUCCAAGAUUUGAUCACUCAGCUACAGUGCAUGCUGAGCGCUACCUUUUGAUUUUUGGUGGCUGCUCUCAUUCAAUAUUCUUCAAUGAUCUUCAUUUAUUGGACUUGCAGACUAUGGAGUGGUCCCAACCACAAAUUCAGGGUGAUUUGGUGAGUCCUAGGGCAGGUCAUGCUGGUAUUUCCAUUGAUGAAAUGUGGUAUAUUGUUGGUGGUGGAGAUAACAGCAAAGGUUGCCUGGAGACUCUUGCCUUAAAUAUGUCUAAGUUAGUUUGGUCUACCUUGACAACUUUGAAGGAAAGGCAUCCACUUGCUAGUGAGGGACUAAGUGUUUGCUCUGCAAUAAUUGAUGGAGAGAAGCAUUUGGUUGCCUUUGGUGGAUACAAUGGCAAAUACAAUAACGAGGUUUUUGUUAUGAAACUCAAACCAAGAAAAUCAUCUCGUCCCAAGAUUUUCCAGUCACCAGCUGCAGCUGCAGCAGCAGCUUCUGUUACUGCUGCAUAUGCCUUGGCAAAGUCUGAAAAGUUGGAUUUCCCACAAAUAAUAGAUCUGAAUUUUAAUGGAGUUGAAAACAAUGUUCCUAAAAAGGAUAUAAAUGUUGAAAUUGAUGCAAUUAAAGAAGAGAAAAAGACCUUGGAGUUAUCAAUUGAGGAAGUCAGGGCAGAAAACUCAGGGCUGCGGGAGAAGAUUGAUGAAUUAAAUAGUAAUCAUACUGAAUUAUCCAAGGAACUUCAAUCUGUCCAAGGUCAGCUGAUAUCGGAGAGAUCAAGAUGCUUUAAACUCGAGGCUCAAAUUGCAGAACUACAGAAGAUGCUGGAAUCGUUACAGUCCAUAGAAAAAGAAGUGGAAAUACUUAGGAGACAAAAGUCAGCACUGGAACAGGAGAUGGAGCUCUCAGCUGCCCAGAGGCAAGGUUCUGGUGGUGUUUGGCAGUGGAUAGCUGGAGGCACAUAGAAGUUGCAUAUCAAUUGAAACGAAAGAUCAUGCCACUAUUGGUUUCUCUAGUAUCUCUGAAGCAACGGACUAGAUAUGAUCCAACCCAGCAAAUAUCGUAGCAAUCUACUUGAAUAAUGUUUAGAUUGUGUAUGCAGCUUAGAUGCGUUAGAUACCUAGGUUACGGUUCUUAAUAAGUGUUCGUGGGCUUUCAGGUUUCGCCAUUGCAAAAUUUUCUUGAUGAGAUAGAUUCUGAACUGGUUACAAGAAUAUAGUCUUUAAGAAAUUGUUAUAUUUCUAGCUAGGUUGAGUGGGCAAUUUAUUUAUUUAUUGAUUCAAUGCUAGCUGUUCUGUCUCCUUUAAACUGUGCAAGUUUUGUACUCUUGAUUUUAUUUGUUUUUUGCCUGAACCAUUUAUCCAAUUAUGUUGAAUCUUGAGAUUUUCCUGUAUGUGAAGUACAUGUUCUUGUAAUUUCUAUGGUCCCGAUGUAAUUUGCCGAGAAGCAAUUCUAUAAUGCAUAAUUUCUGAGCAUUUAUAGCAUGUAUUG